AUGUCGACGGCAGAGAUAGGCAGACCGCCUUUCGAUGCAAAUAAACCAAUUCUAUUCGAAUGUGCUAUGGAGGUCGCAAACAAGGUCGGAGGAAUCUACACUGUCAUAAAAACCAAAUGUCCAGUCACAGUCAACGAAUACGGAGACAGAUAUUGUCUUAUUGGGCCAUUGGCAUGGGCAACUGCCAAAAUUGAAGUUGAAGUCAUAGAUGAUCCGCCUUGGGAAGCUCUACGACGUACCCUCAAAUCACUCUCUGCCAGAGGUGUGAAAUAUGUAUUUGGACGAUGGCUCGUGGAAGGUGCUCCUUUUGUAUUGCUUUUGGAUAUCGCUUCUGGUUAUGAUCGGAUGAAUGAAUGGAAGUCGGAUUUAUGGAGUAUUGCUGGAAUUCCAUCUCCACCUGAUGAUACCGAGGCUAAUGAUACUAUAGUGUUUGGGUAUUUGGUGGCGUGGUUCUUGGGUGAAGUUAUUCAUAACUUGCAGCAGCUUCAUCGCCCUGUCGUCGGUCUGGACGGACGACCAGGCUACCCGCACCCUGUCGUCAUUGCCCACUUCCACGAAUGGCUGGCAGGUGUAGCCCUCAUUCUAAUCCGCAAACGAGCUCUCCAAAUCGCCACAGUCUUCACAACCCACGCUACUCUCCUCGGCCGCUACCUGUGCGCAGGUGACGUCGACUUUUACAACAAUCUCCGAUAUUUCAACGUAGACCACGAAGCCGGCAAACGUGGCAUCUACCACCGAUAUUGUAUUGAACGCGCAGCGGCACACUGUGCUGAUGUGUUCACUACCGUAUCCCACAUCACCGCAUAUGAAGCUGAAUGGUUGCUGAAACGUAAACCGGAUGGUGUAUUACCUAAUGGUUUGAAUGUCGUGAAGUUUGCUGCUCUGCACGAGUUCCAGAAUCUCCAUGCUCGAUCAAAGGAAAAGAUUCACGAGUUUGUGCGGGGGCAUUUCUAUGGGCAUCAGGACUUUGACUUAGAUAAUACAUUGUACUUCUUUACUGCUGGGCGAUAUGAAUUCAGGAACAAGGGUGUUGAUAUGUUUAUUGAGGCUUUGGCUCGUUUGAAUGCGAGGUUGAAGCACUACAAUUCUCCAAUGACUGUGGUUGCCUUCAUCAUCAUGCCAGCUGCCACUCACAGCUAUACUGUGGAAGCACUCAAAGGUCAAGCAGUCAUGAAGCAACUUCGUGAUACUGUUGCUGAAGUCCAACGUGAUAUUGGUACUCGUCUGUUUGAAGCAGCUGCCAGAGGAAAACUACCCGAUAGCUCGCAAAUAAUAUCCUCAUCCAACAACAUUGUCCUUAAACGUCGCAUUUUUGCAUUAUCACGAGACACACUCCCACCCAUCGUAACUCACAACAUGGCCGACGACUUGAACGACCCAAUCUUAAACCAAGUCCGCACAGUCCACCUCUUCAACUCAUCCAGCGACCGAGUAAAAGUAGUCUUCCAUCCCGAAUUCCUCUCUGUAAACAACCCACUCCUAUCCAUGGACUAUGAAGAAUUCGUACGAGGCACCCAUCUCGGUGUCUUCCCAUCAUACUACGAGCCAUGGGGGUACACACCAGCCGAAUGUACCGUCAUGGGCGUACCCAGUAUCACGACCAACCUAUCAGGCUUUGGCUGCUUCAUGUCUGAAAUGAUAUCCCAUCCAGAAGACUAUGGCAUAUAUAUCGUAGACCGCCGUCUGAAAUCUGUCGAGGAGUCCGUCCAGCAGCUAACAGACAGCAUGAUGGACUUCUGUCAGAAAUCCCGCCGUCAACGCAUCAAUCAACGAAACCGUACCGAGCGGCUGUCUGACUUGCUAGACUGGAAACGUAUGGGGUACGAGUAUAUGAAGGCACGAUGGGUCGCGAUACGUCGCAAGUGGCCUGAGAUUGCUGAACAGGAUGAAUGGGCGGAAGGAUCUGAUGUUGAUGAUGACGAUUUAUUUGAAUCGUCGUCUGUACAUCACUCGACAGGUGCUGAAGAAGGGGAUGUAGAGGAUGGAGGGUUGUUUACCACCGAUAAACAGUAUCCUGAACCUAUUAAUGUCGUCACUCAGCCACAGAUUGUCAUGCACCCAUCACCUGGCAAAGGCGCUAAACGUGUUGGACGACCUGCAUCAGCCCCAGGCUCACCCAAGAUUAAGGAAACGUUUGAAGAUCAGGGUGAUGAAGGGUUUGAGGGUACUUUUACGGAUCCGGGUGGGAAUGCACCUGGUGAGGCGGUGCCGGGACCUGCAAGAAAGGAAGUCAGUGAAGUUAUGGAUAAUUUGAGGAAGAUGAGUAUUGCGGGGGCUAGUAGCCAGGAUCUGGGGGGUGCGACGAAUGGAAAUGGGGUGCAGCACAAGUAA